UGGAGAUUUUGCGUCCUUCCAUACGAGCAUCCGAACAGUGUUCAUUCACGUUUCCUCUCGGUCGCGCCGCCGCCUCCAUCUCCAUCUCCAUCUCCAUCUCCGCCACCGUAGGAGCUCGUGCCAAUAUCCAACCGUCGGUGGUUGCUCCGGCAAGCGCUCGGGGAUUUGAGGAUGAGCUCGUCGAUUUUCAGUGCCGCUCGUUUGGAUUCGGGAUGCUUUUGGAAGGAGGGAAAGAUUGCGAAAUCCGAUAUGUGGAGCAAUAAGCGGCUGCUUGUAAGAGCAUCUAUAGCACCGUCUCCACAAAUUGCAUGGAAGAAAAGUGAGAAGCUCCAGAAGGAUGUGCGAGUCGCCGUUCUUGGAGCCAGCGGCUACACUGGUUCGGAGAUCGUGAGACUCCUCGCAAACCAUCCUCACUUCGGCAUUACUCUAAUGACGGCGGACAGAAAGGCGGGGCAGUCACUGGGAUCUGUCUUCCCCCACCUGAUCACUCAAGAUUUACCGGAUAUGGUUGCUGUCAAAGAUGCAGAUUUUUCUGAAGUGGACGCUGUAUUUUGCUGUUUGCCACAUGGAACGACACAGGAGAUAAUCAAAGGUCUUCCCAAAAACUUGAAGAUUGUUGAUCUUUCUGCAGAUUUUCGGCUGCGAGACAUUUUAGAAUAUGAAGAGUGGUAUGGUCAACCACACCAAGCUCCAGAGUUGCAGAAAGAAGCUGUAUAUGGUCUAACAGAGAUUUCAAGAGAGGAUAUAAGACAUGCUCAUCUAGUUGCUAAUCCUGGUUGCUACCCAACUUCAAUUCAACUCCCCCUUGUUCCCUUGAUAAGGGCUAAUCUUAUUCAAUUAAAAAAUAUCAUUAUAGAUUCUAAAUCUGGUGUCAGCGGUGCAGGACGUGGUGCUAAGGAAGCUAACUUGUACACUGAAAUAGCCGAAGGCAUACAUUCUUAUGGCAUUACGAAACAUCGUCAUGUUCCAGAGAUUGAGCAGGGAUUAUCUGAAGCUGCACGAUCAAAGAUCACUGUCAGCUUUACCCCACAUUUGAUGCCAAUGAGCCGAGGAAUGCAAUCAACUAUUUAUGUUGAAAUGCCUUCGGGUGUAACGGUAGAUGAUCUAUAUGAGCAGCUUAAAGUUGCUUACCAGGAUGAGGAAUUCGUUGUUUUAUUAGGAAAAGGAAAUGUUCCUCAUACUCGACAUGUUCGAGGAUCCAAUUAUUGUCUAAUGAAUGUCUUUCCUGAUCGAAUUCCUGGACGAGCAAUACUAAUCUCUGUUAUUGACAAUCUUGUCAAGGGAGCUUCUGGUCAGGCUGUGCAGAAUCUCAAUGUGAUGAUGGGAUUACCUGAGAAUAUGGGGCUUAAAUACCUGCCAUUGUUUCCCUGAUGCACUAUUGUACCAGGCAGCAUGACCUUAUCUUCAAAGAGCUCGCGAAGAUGCGAACGACAUUGGAAUAAGUUAAGAGUUGAUGUUCUAAGACAGUUAUUUUGGUGUAUCUUAGCAUGUUGUGAGGGGUUCAGGAAAAGAUGUUGUGGAGGAACUAGAGUUGCAUUAGGGUUGUUGACCUCUAGUAAGAUGAGAUAUGUUCCUGUCUUAUUCUGAUAUGAGUUUUCAUUCUGUAACGUUCUGUAUUUUCAGCCCGAGUUGGAUUUUUUUCUGUGAUGUUAAGAAACUAUUGCGUACAAACA